AUGAGGACUUCAUUGAUGGUCCUGGCCUCUCUCCUCCUCCUCCUGGUUCUGGUUACAACAGCACAUGGGAUUCGGCUGGACAGGCACCUGCAUGAAGCACUGGACAACAAGCAGGAACGACUGGCCGGGCAGCUAACCAAACCCAAUGGCGCCGCUGAUUCGGCAGGCAGCAAGCCCUGCACGGCCGAUGGGAAUUGCUCAGGAAAGGCGAAAAAGCCACCGUCGCCGCACGCUCACGCCGAAACGGACGACGACGCAUCAGCGAAGCAUCAGAUACCCCCGAAGAGGAACGACGGCAACGCGCAGGUGACCAGCCACGGUGGCGAUCAGGAGGAGCCGACGCUGCCGCAGAAGAAGAAAUGGUCCCGCCGGGCGCUUCCGCGGCGGCCAAAGCAGCAGGAGACGAGGACGUACCCGGACCUGAUCGACAUCGCCGGGAUGGACUACUCGCCGGCCGCCAGAAAGCCCCCCAUCCACAACUGA